UGAGAAGAAUCCUUCAUUUUAGCUAUCUCCUUGUUCACAGCGGCGCCUACUUCUCCCAAUACCUUGCCACCGUCAUUCGCCUACGUCACUGCUCCGACCCGAUUCCACCGACCUUAACCAGCAAGCCCUCUUCGCGGCAGCUCUCUGUCCCUUACAGAAUGUUUGUACAGUUUCAGUAUUCUGACGCGAGCUGCCUGCGCAUAUUCAGUUCCACAAAAACCAAUCCUCCAAACGUCGGCAUCUCCGUCACUCCACCCUCCCAAAAACCCAGCGACGCAGUAAAAGAGAGGCAAAAGCUUCAGUGCCCUGGCGGCGUUCGGUUGUUAAAGAAAAAUGGAUUUUUUCGUGAAAGAAUCGAGAGAAAAGGAGGUGUCUUUGAUGGCAGAAAUGGGAUUCCUCAGAAAGAAGAAGAGAUUUCCGAAUUGCCUGCUCGUAAUUCGGUGACCGGAGAUGCGAAAAAUAGGGUUUUUAGGAAAGAAAAGGUGAAUUGCAGUGAAAAUGUGGUUGAGGGGAUGCAGACCAAGUGUUCGACGAAAUGGGGAAGGUACGGCGGCAGUAUUCCCGCAAUGUUGGAUGCUUUGGAGAGGAUAAGCGACUUGGAUGAGGCGUUGAAGGCGUGGGAGGCGACGCUUACGAACAAGGAGAGGAGCAUAUUGCUGAAGGAGCAGUCGGGGUGGGAGAGGGCGAUGGAGAUUUUCGAGUGGUUCAAAAGGAAAGGCUGCUACGAAGUGAAUGUCAUCCACUACAACAUAAUGCUUCGCCUUCUAGGAAAGGCGCGGCAGUGGAGCGAGGUUGAGAGUCUGUGGGAUGAGAUGGCGAAGAGUGGGGUUGAUCCCAUCAACUCCACCUAUGGGACUCUCAUUGAUGUGUACUGCAAAGGGGGGCGUAGGGACGUCGCAAUGAGGUGGUUGGAGCUCAUGAAAAAGCGUAGAAUGGAGCCGGAUGAGGUGACCGUUGGGAUUGUGGUGCAGAUGUAUAAGAAAGCAGGGGAUUUCGCAGCUGCUGAGGAUUUCUUCAAGAAGUGGUCACAGGGAAACUCUUCGAUUGAGGGGCGUAAAUGGAAGAGGAAAACGGAUGCUAAUGUUGGUUCUUACACUUACAAUACGUUGAUUGAUACGUAUGGGAAAGCCGGGAAACUAAAGGAAGCAAGUAAGACGUUCGAGGAGAUGGUGCAGAAAGGUUUAUCUCCUAACACAGUGACUUUUAACACUAUGAUUCACAUGUAUGGUAACAAUGGGCAGCUUGAUGAGGUUGCUUCCCUGAUGGGUAGAAUGGAGAAUGCUAAAUGUUUCCCCGAUACACGAACCUAUAAUAUUCUCAUAUCACUUCAUGCUAAGUACAAUGACAUAGAAUCUGCAGCAAGAUACUGGAAGAAGAUGAAGGCAGCAUCUCUUGAGCCCGAUCCUGUCAGCUAUCGUACUCUCUUGUAUGCCUACGCGAUUAGGCAUAUGGUUAACGAGGCAGAGGAGCUGGUCUUAGAGAUGGAUGAGAGAGGAUUGGAGAUUGAUGAGUUUACUCAGUCAUCCUUGACAAGAAUGUACAUAGAAGCAGGCUUGCUUGACGAGUCGUGGUUGUGGUUUCAGAGGUUUCACCGUGGAGGAGGGAUGACUUCCGAGUGCUAUUCUGCAAACAUUGAUGCUUAUGGCCAGAGAGGGUAUGUUUCACUAGCUGAGAAAGUGUUUGAUUGCUGUGUGCAGGUUCAAAAACUGACUGUUCUCGAGUUUAAUGUGAUGAUCAAAGCAUAUGGUAUUGGGGGGAAACUCGAGCAGGCUUGCACCUUGUUUGAUAGCAUGGGGAAACAUGGGUUGGUUGCUGAUUUAUGUGGAUAUAAUUCUCUUGUGCAAAUGCUUGCUAGCGCGGAUAUGCCAGAAACUGCGAUAGUCUAUCUUAGGAGAAUGCAGGAGGCAGGGCUUGUGAUUGAUUGUGUCCCGUAUUGUGCAGUCAUCUCUAGCUAUGCAAAGUUAGGCCGUGUAGACAUGGCAGUUGAGUUGUACGAGGAGAUGAUUUCUCAUAACGUGAAGCCUGAUAUAAUCAUUUAUGGAGUCCUUAUAAAUGCAUUUGCAGACACUGGGAGUGUGGAUGAGGCGACAAACUAUGUCCGUACCAUGGCAAACCAAGGUUUGUCUAUGAAUCCGGUCAUAUGCAAGUCAUUAAUCAAGCUGUACACGAAGGUGGGAUACUUGAGAGAAGCGGAGGAGAUGUGCAGGACCCUUCAGUCUCUGGAGGUGGGUGGGCUUGAUGUCUACUCCUUGAAAUGCAUGAUUGACCUCUACAGUGAGCGUUCGAUGGUGGCAGAGGCGGAGAAGAUAUUCAAGAGGUUGGAGCAAAUUGGAGAGGCGAAUGAGUUCACACAUGCUAUGAUGUUGUCCAUGUAUAAAAGGAACGGGAGAUUCGUGGAAGCUUUUUGGAUUGCAAGAAAGAUGAGAGAAUUAGGGCUCAUGACAGAGCUGCUUACUUAUAAUCUUGUGCUUGGAUUCUAUGCUUCUGAUGGAAGGUACAAGGAGGCUGUAGCUACCUUCCGCGAGAUGCUAGAGUCUCGUGUCAUGCCCGAUGAAUCCACGUUCAAGUCGCUCGGGAUCAUUCUCUUGAAAUGUGGAGUUCCAAAGAGCGCUCUGGAAAAGCUCGAGCAGACGAGGAAGAGGGAUGUUCUGGCUGGUAUGCAGACUUGGGCCGCAACUCUUUCCUCCGUCGUUAACAUGGAUGAUGAUGAUUUUAGCGAUGAAGAAGUUUAAUUUGUGCUUGCUAAACAAUUGUAGAAUAUAUAUCCAGAGUAUGCUAUGAUCUUGGCCGUUCUCUCCAACCAGAUCAUCAAGAUCAGCCAAGCUGCCAAGGACGCGGUAUUCGAGAAGGAAAGCUUCCGCGUCCUGGCCAAGCAUCUCCUAGACAUCGAGCCCGUGUUGAAGGAGCUGCAGUCACAGCAGCUGAACGACUCCCCCCGUUGCAAGGCAGGCGCUGGAGUCGCUCGAGACCAACGUCAAGAAUGCCCACGCCUUAGUCGAAAAGUACAAAGGGCGAGCGCGCUUCUACUACCUCUUAGUAAAAUGCAGGCACAUUGUCAAGGAGAUACAGGAUGU